AGAGAGCUGUAGUAAACCAUAAAGACAUUCUGCAGAGAGCUGUAGUAAACCAUAAAGACAGUCUGCAGAGAGCUGUAGUAAACCAUAAAGACAGUCUGCAGAGAGCUGUAGUAAACCAUAAAGACAUUCUGCAGAGAGCUGUAGUAAACCAUAAAGACAGCCUGCAGAGAGCUGUAGUAAACCAUGAAGACAGUCUGCAGAGAGCUGUAGUAAACCAUAAAGACAGUCUGAUAAGGAGGUAUGAAUGUGUCAUAGAAGGCAUCGAAACAGCAGGGAACCAAACUCCCCUCAACAGGAUUUACACAGAGCUCUACAUCACAGAAGGAGAGAGUGAAGGGGUUAACAGUGAACAUGAGGUGUGGCAGCUAGAGACAGCAUCCAGGACACCAACCUCACAUGACACAGAAAUCCACUGCAAUGACAUCUUUAAACCCUUACCUGGCCAAGAGAGACGCAUCAGAACUGUGCUGACGAAGGGCAUUGCUGGCAUCGGAAAAACUGUCUCUGUGCAGAAGUUCAUCCUAGACUGGGCUGAAGGGAAGGCUAAUCAAGAUGUGGAGAUCAUAUUUGUGCUUCCUUUCCGGGAGCUGAACUUGAUCAAAGAUCGCCAGUACAGUCUUCUCAGACUUUUAAAUGACUUCCACACAGAACUAGACAAAGGCAAAAUAAAGAAACUCACUGCCUGUAAAGCUAUGUUCAUCCUUGAUGGUUUGGAUGAAAGCAGACUUCCAUUGGAUUUCCAGCAGAAUGAAAAGGUGUCUGAUGUCACCCAGACAUCAUCUGUUGAUGUUCUGCUGACAAACCUCAUCAAGGGGAAUCUGCUUCCCUCUGCUCUCCUCUGGAUAACUACCCGACCUGCAGCAUCCAAUAAGAUCCCUUCAGGGUGUGUUGACCAGGUGACAGAGGUACGAGGGUUCAAUGACCCACAGAAGGAGGAGUACUUCAGGAAGAGAUUCAGUGAUGAGGACUUGGCCAGCAGAAUCAUCUCACACAUAAAGACAUCAAGGAGCCUCCACAUCAUGUGCCACAUUCCAGUCUUCUGUUGGAUUUCUGCAAAAGUCUUUGAACACAUGUUGAGUACAGACAAGAGGAGAGAGAUGCCCAAGACUCUGACUGAGAUGUCCAUACACUUCCUGCUCAUUCAGACCAGCCUGAAGAACCAGAAGUAUCAUGGAAGAGAUGAGAUGGAUCAAGAGGAGAUCAUGGAGUCAGAUAAGGAAAUUCUUCUGAAGCUGGGGAAGCUGGCAUUUGAACAUCUGGAGAAGGGUAAUCUGAUGUUCUAUGAAGAAGACCUGAAAGAGGCUGGCCUUGAUGUCAAAGAAGCCUCAGUAUACUCAGGAUUGUGCACACAAAUCUUUAAAGAAGAGUCUGUGUUAUUUCAGAGAGUGGUGUACUGCUUUGUUCAUCUGAGCAUUCAGGAGUUUCUCUCAGCUGUCUACAUGUACCAUUGUUACACAACCAAGAACAUGGAUGAACUGAAGCCCUUCCUCAAGAUAAAGUCUAGAGGUGCGUCUGAAGAGCUAACCUUGGAUGAGCUGCUGAAGAGUGCUGUGGAUAAAGCCUUGGAGAGUAAGAAUGGACACCUGGACCUUUUUGUCCGCUUCCUUCAUGGCAUGUCACUGGCGUCCAAUCAGAAACUCCUACGAGGUCUGGUGACACAAACAGAAAUCAGUCCAGAGAGCGUCAAGAAAACAAUCCGAUCCCUGAAGGUGAUGCAGAGGAAGAACAUCUCCCCUGAGAGGUGCAUCAAUCUCUUCCACUGUCUGAUAGAGAUGAAAGACCAUUCAGUACAGAAGGAAAUCCAAGUGUACUUGAGGUCAGAGAACAGAUCCAAAAACCUCUCCCUUGCUCAGUGUUCAGCGCUGGCCUACAUGCUGCAGGUAUCAGAGGAGGUUCUGGAUGUGUUUGACCUGAAGGAAUACAAGACAUCAGAGGAGGGUCGUAGGAGACUGCUCCCAGCUGUGAGAGGCUGCAGGAAAGCUCUACUCACUGGCUAUAAACUCACAGACUCAUUCUGUGAAGUGUUGGCUUCAGUUCUCAGUUCAACCCCCUCACACCUGAGAGAGCUGGACCUGAGUAACAAUGACCUGAAGGAUUCAGGAGUGAAGCUGCUCUCUGCUGGACUGGGGAAUCCCCACUGUAAACUGGAGACUCUGAGGUCAGUAUUCCUGUAG